GGAAGGGUUUUCCUUCCUCUUCAGGGCUUUCCAGGUGUGGAGGGGCCGGGGAGAGGCCCCCGAUGGGAUUUGGGAUGCAYAAAAGAGCGUUCACAACUCCCCUUCCCCUCCCAGCCGCCUUCCUGGGUGACAUCGCCCUGGAYGAGGAGGACCUGCAGCUCUUCCAGGUGGACCGGGUGGUGGACCUGGCGCGUCACACGGUCACCCGGCUGCCCUCCAACUCCUCAGGCAGCAAUGCCACCAGCCCCCGGGCGGGCCACCCUCGUCGCAGCCGCGGUCGCCAGCGGGCACGGAGCCGCCGCGCCGCCACAUCCCGGCCGGAGCGAGUGUGGCCGGACGGGGUCAUCCCCUAUGUCAUCAGCGGCAACUUCAGCGGCAGCCAGCGAGCCAUCUUCCGGCAGGCGAUGCGACACUGGGAGAAGCACACRUGUGUCACCUUCCUGGAGCGCAACGACGAGGACAGCUACAUCGUGUUCACCUAUCGCCCCUGUGGRUGCUGUUCCUACGUGGGGCGCCGAGGAGGGGGACCCCAGGCCAUUUCCAUCGGCAAAAACUGUGACAAAUUCGGCAUCGUGGUGCACGAGCUGGGCCACGUCAUCGGCUUCUGGCAUGAGCACACGCGCCCCGACCGGGAUGAUCACGUCUCCAUCAUCCGGGAGAACAUCCAGCCAGGGCAGGAAUACAAUUUCCUGAAGAUGGAGCCGGAGGAGGUGGAAUCGCUGGGGGAGACGUACGACUUYGACAGCAUCAUGCACUACGCCAGGAACACCUUCUCCAGGGGGAUCUUCCUCGACACCAUCCUGCCCAAAUACGACGUGAACGGGGUCCGUCCCGCCAUCGGCCAGAGGACGCGGCUCAGCAAAGGCGACAUCGCCCAGGCCCGCAAGCUCUACCGCUGCCCAGCCUGUGGGGAGACGCUUCAGGAUAGCCAGGGUAACUUCUCCUCCCCGGAAUUCCCCAAUGGAUACUCUGCCCACAUGCACUGCGUCUGGAGGAUCUCCGUCACCCCUGGAGAGAAGAUCAUCCUGAAUUUCACCACCCUGGACCUGUACCGAAGCCGGCUGUGCUGGUACGACUACGUGGAGGUGAGAGACGGGUUCUGGAGAAAGGCCACGCUGCGAGGUAACAACCCGGGGCCUCCUGCCCGCUCCUCCUGCCCGCCGGGACCGCCCCGGGGCCGGCAGCGGGGCCGGGGGGUUCCCUCUGCCUCUGUCCCUGCCUGCCUGGUGUCCCAAAGCCUUGGGGAGGGGGGAACAACCCCCCAGAGGGGUUAUUGGGGUGAAUGGAGCUCCCAGUUUGGCCCACACCAUUACCUGGAGAUCCGGGACGGCAGCAGCGACUCGAGCAGCCUCAUCGGCCGCUACUGCGGUUACGACAAACCCGACGACAUCAAGAGCACCUCCAACAARCUCUGGAUGAAAUUCGUCUCCGACGGCUCCAUCAACAAGGCCGGGUUCGCCGUCAACUUCUUCAAAGAGAUGGAUGAAUGCUCCCGCCCCAACAACGGAGGCUGCGAGCAGCGCUGCGUCAACACCCUGGGCAGCUACAAGUGCGCCUGUGACCCCGGCUACGAGCUGGCAUCCGACAAGCGCCGCUGCGAGGCCGCCUGCGGAGGGUUCCUCACCAAGCUCAACGGCUCCAUCACCAGCCCGGGCUGGCCCAAGGAGUAUCCCCCGAAUAAAAAYUGCAUCUGGCAGCUGGUGGCCCCCACCCAGUACCGCAUCUCCCUCCAGUUCGACUUCUUCGAGACCGAGGGCAACGAUGUGUGCAAAUACGACUUCGUGGAGGUGCGCAGCGGGCUCACGGCCGACUCCAAGCUGCACGGGAAAUUCUGCGGCGCCGAGAAGCCCGAGGUCAUCACCUCGCAGUACAACAACAUGAGGAUCGAGUUCAAGUCCGACAACACCGUCUCCAAAAAGGGCUUCAAAGCCCAUUUCUUCUCAGAUAAGGACGAGUGCUCCAAGAACAACGGGGGCUGCCAGCACGAGUGCCUCAACUCCUUCGGCAGCUACGAGUGCCAGUGCCGCAGCGGCUUCGUGCUGCACGACAAYAAGCACGACUGCAAGGAAGCUGGCUGUGACCACAAGGUGACAUCCGUCUCGGGGACCAUCACCAGCCCCAACUGGCCCGAUAAAUACCCCAGUAAGAAGGAGUGCACUUGGGCCAUCAGCACCACGCCGGGGCACCGCGUCAAGCUGACYUUCUCGGAGCUGGACGUGGAGGCGCAGCAGGAAUGCACCUACGACCACUUGGAGAUUUUUGACGGGAAGGACGCCAAAGCCCCGGUGCUCGGGCGCUUCUGCGGGGCCAAGGAGCCCGAGCCCAUCGUCUCCUCGGGCAACAGGAUGUUCCUCAAGUUUGUAUCUGAUAAUUCUAUCCAGAAGAAGGGAUUCGAGGCCACCCACAGCACAGUGUGYGGGGGYCARGUGCGCGCCGAGGUGAAAACCAAGGACCUCUAUUCCCACGCACAAUUUGGGGACAACAACUACCCGGGGGGCUCGGACUGYGAGUGGGUGAUCAUGGCUGAGGAGGGCUUCGGCGUGGAGCUCAUCUUCCAGACCUUUGAGAUCGAGGAGGAGGCCGACUGUGGAUAUGACUACAUGGAGCUCUUCGACGGCUACGACGGGACGGCCCCGCGCCUCGGCCGCUUCUGCGGGUCCGGGCCCCCCGAGGAGGUGUACUCGGCCGGAGACUCGGUGAUGAUCCGCUUCCACUCGGACGACACCAUCAACAAGAAGGGUUUCCACCUUCGCUACACCAGCACCAAGUUCCAGGACACGCUGCACACGAGGAAAUGAGGGCCGGGGGUCCCGGCCCCGCCGCGGGCAGGGAAGGAGGAGGAGGAGGAGGAGGAGAAGGRCAGGGAGGAAGGCGGGCAGCGCUGCCCCGCACAGACUGCACGGAGGAGGAGCACACAGCCAACCUCAGCACUCAAGACACGCUCGCACGGGGCCCCGGGGCUCGGGCGCCCACGGCACGGGGGCACGGGGAGGGGGUCCCCGCUGGCAGCCGCCCACCCCGGUGCUGGGGGGGCCAAGCUGGAGCCGCUGCCCUCCCCUGCCCCGGCCAAAGCUCUGAAUGUACAAACCAGUAACCRGGAAGAGCCCAACACACACAAGGUGCUGUCUCUCUCUUGUACCCAUGAAAUAAAUACCCUUGUACUUGGAGCGGG